UUCGGUCCGCCGCAACUCUUUCUUUUACUCUCAUCAUUGUCAAGGAACUCAGCAAAAACUAUGCACUUCCUCAGCUUUUGCAACAUUCUUGGUGACUUGGCGCAGAAACAGCUCCAUGUGAAACUAUGCCGUCGUUCAAGUUGUCUUUAGCCACUUCCUGCCAUGCCUCCAUCGCAAACUCGAGAAGAAGAACUAAAGUACUACCACGAAAUCUCCGAACCCAUCGACGAAGCAACCUUCGCACACCACAACUCGCUUAUCAAGCCCAUCCGCCUCUUAAACGCAGACCCCAACCGGGACUACGCCCCUCUCGUCCAGUUCAUCCGACGAAUCCUAGUCCACCUGACGGUAUCAUCCAAAUACUGCACCGGGACGAUAGGGAGCUACACGAUGAUGUUAUGGAUCAUGAGGCGGACGCCUAAGGGCAAGGUUGCCAUGCAGAGCCUGUACCCGAAUUCAGGUGAUGAGGUACUGUCCUAUGUCCUGCCGUACAUCCGGGAGACCCCGCCUGCAAUCGUAUUGGAGGACCGAACCCCGCCUGAAUGUUCCUGGGGAUCCUGGCGCAACAACGAGAUUGUGAUUUCCCGCGAGCUUGUCACGACGUACCUCAACCUCGAGAAAAGCAAAGCUACCCUGGACUCGGAUGACGAGCGUUGUCUUGUAUUUCUGCAGACAAUCAUCCUAGUCACCUUUCUCCACGAGCUCACUCACACCCUCAUGAACAGGAUCUUCAUGGGCCGGCUUGGUUCCUUCUUCGAAUGCGGAGACAACGUACGCGAUAUCGGGGAACACCUCGAGAGAUCCCUGUUCACUGACUCGGUCUUGUACGUCGAAUGGCUCCGGGCUGAUUUCGAGGAUCCGAAUCCGAAGUUCCAGGUGAAGAAGAUUCGAAGUAUAUGUUCGCAGCCAGUUGAAACUGGGGAAGGGUUUCACAGUGUCUUGGUGGAGGACUUGAGGACGAUGCUGGAUUCUAUCGACAGGAGUGAACUCUUUAGCCCAGUGUUUUUACUCCAGGAUGCGAAACCUAGCGAUAUCAUCUCUGCUGACAGCGAGCAUAUACGCCUACGUAUCACACCUGAAUAUUCAUUGCCGGUGCUCAAUCAGUGGGCGAUGCCUCUGCCUGUUACUGAGAUAGGUCCGGAUUCUAUCAUCAUUGAACCGGCUUGUGGUCGGUGAGAACACGCACAAUAACUAGUUCCAUGCGGCGCUGAGCAGGGGAGGGUUGCGGUCUGGGAAGGGGAGGCGAUGUAUCGUAGACUUGCUAAAUGGAAUGAAAUCAUGAACAAAAAGGAGAAACUGUUCCCUCUCCUGCCGCAAAAAAGCACGUCUCA